CAGCCAUCAAGGUAAGUCGAAAAUACUCAAGAGAUCACUUUGUGCAGCUAACAGUAGCUAGCCGGGUAAUCUCCUGGACAACGCAGUUGAGCUUAUUUUAAUGUCCGUUCCAGUAUUGGUGUGUUUUUGUUUUUUUUAUAAACCAGUGACUGUGUGAGACGUCGUCAAUGAAAAGCGGGAGCCAGACAACGGCGGAGAAGAAUUAAACGCGCUUCAUGUUUGGCCACUGUUUGCUUUUUCCCAGGAUGCUAGCACAGAAGCAAGCCAGUUAGCUUGCAGACCUACCAAAGCAGCCGAAAAGGAGCGUUGUCCGGAUGCUUUGAACGGCAGCGCAGAGCAUUUUGGUGGAGUGUUUGAUUUUUCUCCUUUAAACGGCCUCGCAGUAUGUCUGGCAACCGACCGCAGCAGAGCGGUGGUGGUGGGGCAAGUUCAGUGCCUGGCACCAGCAGCAGCAGCAACAGUAGUAGUAGUAGCAGCAGCAGCAGCACUGGAGGCAGUGGAAGCAAUGCCGUUACGAGCAAUGGGCCCGCUGCUGGGAAUGUUGUGCCCUCCCGGACUCUGGCUGCAACAAACGAGGCAGGCAGCUUCGCUUCCCUGACAAGCAGACCUUCAGCGUCCUCAGGCAGCAGAAAGAAGUCCCUCCAUCAAGCACCUCUAUACAACGGCCUCUUGAACUCAUACGAAGAUAAAAGCAACGACUUUGUGUGUCCAAUUUGCUUCGAAAUGAUAGAGGAGGCUCACAUGACAAAGUGUGGACACAGUUUUUGUUUCAAAUGUAUUCGUCAGAGCUUGGAAGACAGCAACAGAUGUCCCAAGUGUAACUAUAUUGUUGAUAAUGUGGAUCAGCUGUACCCUAACUUUCUUGUAAAUGAACUGAUCCUUAAACAGAAACAAAGGUCUGAGGAAAAAAGACUAAAGUUAGAUCAUCCUAACUGGCCGCGGUGGCAAGUCUUCCAGGACAUUCUGAGUCCCGAUCAAGAAAACUUGGACCUCGCAAAUGUCAAUCUGAUGUUGGAGCUUUUGGUUCAGAAGAAGAAACAGCUGGAGGCAGAAUCCCAAGCAGCUCAGAGGCAGAUACUCAUGGAGUUCCUAAAGGAAGCAAGAAGAAACAAGAGAGAGCAACUAGAUCAGCUUCAGAAAGAGUUGAACUUCCUAGAAGAAGACAUUAAGCGUGUUGAGGAUGUAAGUGGAAUUUCCUCCCCAACGAUGGAGGCAGAGUGCACCGUGCCUAAUGUUGAGGCUCCUUCUCCGGCCCCCAGCAGUAUCAUUGAACCUACAGAUUACAACCAAACGCCAGGAUUUGGUGCAACAACUCCGGUGAAGCGACAGACUUGGUAUAACAGCACCCUGGCAUCUAGAAGAAAGAGGCUGACUGCUCAUUUUGAGGAUCUGGAACAGUGCUACUUCUCCAACAAAAUGUCACGCAUCACAGAUGAGGGCAGGAACCUGAACCAGCUAGAGGAUUUUAUGGAGUGUUUGUCCAAAUUCACUCGCUACAACACUGUGCGGCCGCUGGCCACCCUCUCCUACGCCAGUGACCUCUAUAACGGCUCCAGUAUUGUCUCGAGCAUUGAGUUUGACCGCGACUGUGACUAUUUUGCCAUCGCUGGUGUGACCAAAAAGAUCAAGGUUUUUGAGUAUGGAACUGUGAUCCAGGACGCAGUGGACAUCCACUACCCCGUCAAUGAAAUGACCUGCAAUUCCAAAAUCAGCUGUAUCAGCUGGAGCAGUUAUCACAAGAACCUUCUGGCCAGCAGCGACUAUGAGGGCACCGUCAUUUUGUGGGACGGAUUCACCGGCCAGCGGUCCAAAGUCUACCAGGAACAUGAAAAAAGAUGCUGGAGUGUCGAUUUCAAUCUGAUGGACCCCAAGCUAUUAGCCUCCGGUUCUGAUGACGCUAAAGUAAAGUUGUGGUCAACCAAUCUUGACAACUCUGUGGCUAGCAUCGAGGCUAAAGCUAACGUGUGCUGUGUUAAAUUCAGCCCAACCUCCAGAUAUCACCUGGCCUUCGGCUGUGCAGGUAAGUGAAUCCAUUACUAUGAUCUACGCAACACUAAGCAGCCAAUCAUGGUGUUUAAAGGCCACAGGAAAGCAGUGUCCUAUGCCAAGUUUGUGAACGGAGAGGAGAUUGUUUCUGCGUCGACAGACAGUCAGCUGAAGUUAUGGAACGUCAACAAACCUCACUGCCUGCGCUCCUUCAAGGGUCACAUCAACGAGAAGAACUUUGUUGGCUUGGCGUCCAAUGGAGACUAUGUUGCCUGUGGCAGCGAAAACAACUCUUUGUAUCUGUACUACAAAGGACUUUCCAAGACGCUGUUGACAUUCAAGUUUGACACAGUUAAGAGCGUCCUGGACAAGGACAAGAAGGAAGACGACACCAACGAGUUUGUCAGCGCCGUCUGCUGGAGGGCGCUGCCAGAUGGAGAGUCAAAUGUUCUAAUUGCUGCAAACAGUCAAGGAACAAUCAAGGUGCUUGAGCUCGUCUGAAAAUCUGACCGUCUCUAUUGGACUUCAGAACUGCUUCCCUGUGUGGCGGAAAGACUAGAUGGAUGUAGGAAGAUCUCAGGCUGCCUGCAGAGCACCAAGAGAGCUAAAGCAGUGAACUGAUCUGCCUGCAGAGCACCAAGAGAGCUAAAGCAGUGAACUGAUCUGCUCUUAUUUUAAUUUUAAAUUUUAGUUUGGAUUAUUUUUUUUCGGGCAGCAGGACAAACUCGGGACCAGUUCGUCAGUAAAGCGGGUGAUUCCUUUUUUUCUGUUUUUUUUUUUUUGUGCAACAAAACAAGGACUGAAUUUGAGGCAAAAAGCCAAAGGAAAGCUUUUUUUGUUUUAUUUUUGUUGGUUUUUUCCGUUUGUCAGCAUUAUAUUUAGUUCAGUAAAACACCUCUUUAUCGUUUUAGGUCAAAUCAAACUUUCUAUUUUGUUUUUUUAAUCGAGCUUCUAUUUUCAACGGCACAUCCAGCUAAUUGUUACCCGUUUGGUGCAUUUUCUUUUAAAGGCCAAAGCACAAAACAGAACGGCUGCAGAAAUGUCUACAGAGAAAACUUUUACCCCAUUACCCAUCGUUGUUUAACUUUUUGUUUCUUUUGUUGUAUGUAGUUUUUCUGUUUGCCAAAUUGGUGAAAAAGCAGUUUUAAUAAAUAUAACUUGAAUUUCGUCCACACGUUUUGUCAAAAAUCACAGCGAGCUUCGCCUUAAUUUAAGGCGGCUUGGCUACGUGGAACUGGAAUAUUUGUUGUAUUCGGGCUGUUUGUUGCUUGAUUAAAAAAAAAAAAAUCAUAACCUCGCAGAAUCGGUUUUAGUUCUUUUAUAGUAGCAACAGAAACUUUCUUCAUGUACUGUAGGCUUACAACCUAUCACCUGAACUGAGCGGCACUGUAACUUGAGAACUGCUGUCGGUUUUUGUGGUGUGAUAAUCCAUUAAGUCACAUUGAGGGGAUUGAAGAAGCACCACCAAGACCUGCCUAUUUUAUGACUGAGUGAGAGAGGUGUUUUUGUAUUUGUAUAACUGAAUAAAUUAUUUCAGAACAA